AUGCCUCUUAUCGAUAAUAAUGUAAAACUUGAUUUUAAAGACGUUCUUAUUCGUCCAAAACGUUCGACAUUAAAAAGUCGAGCUGAUGUUGAUUUAACACGUCAAUUUAUAUUUCGUAAUAGUAAAAAAACUUAUCAAGGCAUUCCAAUAGUUGCGUCAAAUAUGGAUACUGUUGGAACAUUUGAAAUGGCAAUACAAUUAUCAAAAUUACAAUUAUUUACAACUAUUCAUAAACAUUAUACAGUUGAACAAUGGAAAGAAUUUGCUGCGGAACAUAAAGAUAUACUUCCUAAUGUUGCAAUAUCAAGUGGUAUGACAGAAAAUGAUUUAAAAAAAUUACGCGACGUUAUAAAUGCAAUACCCGAACUUGAAUAUAUAUGUGUUGAUGUUGCUAAUGGUUAUUCGGAACAUUUUGUUGAAUUUGUUCGAUAUGACCUUCGAGAACCAAUAAGAGAUUUUCAAGUAAUUCCACCAGGUAUUUUAUCAUUACAAAAUUUAUUCUAUUUUUGUAUUCAUCAAAAAAAUGAUUUUAUUCGAUUUGUUCUUGAAAAUUCAUGUAAAACACUUCAACAACAAUGUCCAUUAGUUAAAUCAGCUAUUGAAAUUACACGAAUACUUUGUAAACUUUUUUAUAUUGGUGUUGAACCGAAUCGACAUCAAAUACAUAAAGAUUAUUUUUUACUCUUCUAUACAAUAUCAUCAUUUUUUGAACAAGCAUUUGUUCGUUGUCUACUUUUAUUUAAUAAAACAUGGAAAGAAAUGCGUGCUUGUGAUGUUGAUUUUCAAGUGGUUAGUUCAGUUGUAUAUCAACAAAUUUCACAAUCACUUGAUGAUAUUUUUUUAAUAAAUUCAUCAACAACAAUAAUAAAUAAAACAAUAAUAUCACCAUAUUCAUCUCCAAAAAGUCAAACAUUAUCAUCAUCAGUAAUUAAAUCACCAAUGAAUACAUCAUUAACAUCAAUAUAUCAAUAUACAGCUAUGUGUUCAAAUGGUUUAUUUGGAGUAGCAGCUGAAUCAGAAGAUUUUGUUAUAUGGGAUGUUGAAGAACGAAGAACAAUAUUUGUAACAUGA